AUGCGCAAAGUUGGCAUCUUCAUCGAUGGCGUCCCUGUCAUCAAAGCCGGCGAAGUUACCCGCAAUGCGAUGAUUCGCUUCAGUCGUCUGGCUUCCCAUCAAGUUCUCGACCAGGAACAGUCAUCCGCACAUCUGCCUGUAACGUGUUACACACGUACGGUGCAGCAGGUUCUGGCUUGGGUCGAGCAAACAUCUGCAUCACCAGGCGACCACCGGCACUACGACUUCCCCAUGGCUGAAUCUCUUCAGGAAAACGCUCGAAUCUACACGAAUAUGAUGCUCAUGGGCAUGCGUCCGGACGUCCUAUUUCGGAUGGCAUCCUGGAUCUGUGACAACUUCACGACUACAUGGCGCUCACUGGCUCACAAUGAUCUUCAUAGGAUUGAUUUGUGGUUCUGCCAUCUGCUCUGGGAGCCCCAGACGCUUCUUAGGGAUCCGGUCUUCCGCAUGAUCGUCCAUACGUUUGCGUUUGGCCUCCAGCACAACCAGCUUCUCAACCUCCAAGAGCUUCAGGAGUACUUGCAGGAAGAUUGCCCGACGUUGUGGGAAGGUAUUCGAGCUGUGGGUCCUGUGCGGUAUCCCACCCGUGAUCUGGUUGCUGAUCUGACGAUCUUCCCGUUGUCGCCUCGCUGGCGUAACCUCCGCAGACCCAUGCAACCACCAAACGCGCGAAUGCGCCUCCAAGCCCAUGCUGAGGCCACCCCUGACUCCACCGUUGCAAGCCCAAUCCAAUCUCCUGUUUCUAUCUCUCCCUCCCCUCGUCGGCUCAUCACCUACCCGAUCACCUCUCGCAGGCCCUCUCCAUCUUAUGCAAACACCCACACCCAUCUCUCAUCACCAACCCAGCCAUCAACGCCAUCCGAAUCUUCCUUCCCGUUUGCCGACAACCCGAUCGCAUGGUCGCCACUGCCGGAAGGUUGGCCUUCAACAAUUUCCGUUAGCGGGCUUAGGGACUUGGGCCUGGAUGGAGUCUUCAUGGUCACAGUGCUGUCCUCUCAAUCGAGCUCUGCUGCGAGCAGUGCGGUGGUUGAGGAAGACGACGAUCUACCGUAUGCUGAGCGUGAGGAUUAG